AUGGCGACGAAAGUAAUUUUACUUUUCUCAUGUAUCUCGAUUCUCAUCAUUUCAAUCUCUGCUGCUAAAUCCUCGGAAAAAUAUUACAUGGAUAAAAUGUGUGGAGGUGAUGUCAUCAUUCUCGAUGGUGAUAGUAAACCAGGCAUUGCACUUCAAUUAACAAGCAGCAGUAAAUACAAACCAAAUAUGAAUUGCGUUGUGAAAUUUCGUACUGCACAGCCAAGUCAACGAUUGGUAGUCACCGUUGAGAAAAUGGAUAUUACAGAUUGUGCUGGCGACUCCUUACGUAUUUAUGAUGGAACUACAUUACUCAAUAAGGACGUUAAACAACAAUGCGGUGCACCGGCAGUGCUGACAUACACUACUGCGUCAACACAGCUAUCGUUGAAUUUUACAAGCAAUGCUGCUGUUGAAUCGAGUGGAUAUCAAAUGACAGUUGCACUUCAUUUCCCAAUGAUCGCUGCUUGUCCGCAAAAUCUCGGCUUUUUCUUGUGUAAAAACCGAAAUUGUAUUUCCAAGCAACUAUCCUGCGACGGACGAAACCAUUGCGGAGAUGCGACUGAUGAAAAUCAAUGUAGUUUUGGUUAA